AUGGAGCACCAGGACGAGACGACACCACUCCUCACAACCCCUCAUGAACAACCCAUCGAAGAUGAAUUCGCAACAUCCUCAGAGCCAUCACCAUUGCGCCUCCUCCCGCAAUGGUCACCGACCCAGCGGCGCGUCGUGAUCGCAAGCACUCUGCUCUUGUUAUGCGUCAAUUUCGGGGGUUUCAUGGCGCAACCGCCCCAACUUCAGAUAUUUGAGGAUAUUAUUUGCAGGAAUUAUGUGCAAUUGAUCAAUUCGACUCCUGGGGCUGCGGUUGCUGUUGAUGAUAUUUGCAAGUCGCCGGCGGUGCAGAAGGAGCUUGCGCUCGUGACGGGGUGGAAGAAUACGUUUGAUAUUUUGCCUUCUGUCGCUCUUGCUUUGCCAUUCGGUAUAUUAGCAGAUAAAAUUGGACGAAGACCAGUUACGAUCAUGGCGCUGACCUCGUUGAUGUGCAGCGAGGUAUGGUGUAGGAUUGUCUGCUGGUUCAAUCUACCUAUUCGCUUGCUCUGGCUUGCAGGGUUGUUUCAACUCCCCGGUGGCGGUAACCUUAUGUCUGUCACUAUGCUCAUGACGAUAAUGGCAGAUGUGUUUUCUGCGGAGGAACGAGGCACAGCAAUGUUCCGCCUAAGCUCAAUGGCAGUCGUCGCCGAAAUCGUCGCAACACCCUUGGGUGCGAUGAUGGUAACAUCUAAUCCAUGGAUUCCAUACAUGCUUGGACUAGUUAUCAUGAUUGUUAGCUCGUGCUUUGUCCUCAUCAUGCCAGAGACACUCAACCAGAUGGGCGACAAAGAUGGUAUACAGCAGGAGGAUUCAGAAGAGUCCGACGAGAGCUCCACGCUAUUACCGGCGAAGAAUGAGACAGUCACACAAAUUAUCGUUGUAAAAGCGCAAGAAUUCAUUUCGUCUUCGAAGUUCUUGUGGACAUCACCGCGGAUACUGAUUACUGUUGUGGCAGCGUUUGCUGGUAGUCUGGAUAACAGUUCGGCCUAUUUACUCAUUCAGUACGUAUCGGCGAAGUUCCAUUGCACGAUCGCUGAGGCAAGCUACCUCAUCUCAGUACGAGGUUGCAUGACACUCGCAACACUACUCAUCGUCCUCCCCAUCCUAUCCUCUUUCCUAACUCGCUUCCUCCACUACGACGCAAUCACAAAAGACCUAUCCAUUGCUCGCCUCUCCGCCAUGGCAGGUAUCCUCGGCUACUUCAUGAUCUUCAUCGCAUCCACAACCUUCUCAUUACUCGCCGGAACACUGUUCAUCUCAUUCUCUAGCCCCUUUGUAUGGUCCGUCGUGUGCGUGGCUACAUCCUUUGUGCCCUCACAAAACCAAAUCGCGACGUUGUAUGCUGCAAUGUCAGUAUCCAGAUCUGUGGGGGGUGUUGUUGCUGGGCCGAUAUUUGCGAGUUUGUACGGUGUGGGGAUGCAGUUAGGGCUGGAGUGGUCGGGGUUGCCGUUUGCUGUGGGCUCGAUUAUAUUUUUGUUGACUCUGAUUCCGGUUGUCUGCAUUAGAGCGCACGCACGUGUUGGAGAGGGCUCUUAA